AUGACAUCUGUACCUUCUGAUAACGUAAUCGACCUUGAGUCUGCAGAUAGAUCCCAACAAUUCGUCCGUUUCAAUGGUGAACAGUUCCCCAAAGGGAUACCAGAUCCUUCGAAAGAUGAGUGGACUCCAGCCCUGAUCAUGGAAUGGAACGAGAAGCACAUUCGUAUGAUGAACAGUGCCGACACUCUGAGCAGAAUACAUUCAGGAAUUACUAGCAGAUUACGCUCACAGAUUUUAGAUUGUGAAUCACUUGGUCAAGAUUCUUGUGGUCAUCAGACACCCGAUCACGAUGAACGGAUGAAAGCGGCACAGAUUGAUAGAGUCGACUAUCUAACAAUAUUAGGUAGUGAUAAAACUUACCAUGAGAUCUUUCACAACCUUGCGAGCCGGGGCGUUCAAAAGUGUGACAAGCACCUGUCCGAAGCUGAAAGGAAAAUCACGGAGUACAGCCUGGUCUCUGGGCUUAAGCAGGGAGAUUGGCGUCGCUGCGCUGGUUCAACCAAUGGACAAUGGCUGCCAGCCGGGAUGCACAAAGAUCUCUUCGAAAAGGUCGGUAAGAGUAGUUUGGGCUGCGGUACAUUGCUUCCAAAGAACCCCGAGAUCUUAGAUUGGAAAGUAUCUGUGAGUUGUGAUGAGCCGGACGGGACAACCAAAAAGGACCAUUUGGUCUGUAGCAUAAGGUGUGCUACGAGUAAGAUCCAAUCGACCGCGAGAUUCAAACAAGCGCAUGCAAAAGCUUCAAAUGCCGGUAUCAAACCAGCAGCUUCGACCUCUAUGCCACCACCUCCAAGCUCAUUGUCGACAAAGCGAUCUCAGACGAUGACGGACUCUUCACCAUCUGAAUCUUACAACGCUCCCAGUGGAACCGGCGGACCAAAAGAGUGGCUAAACACGACUAUGGGCCAGGCUUACUCUGAGUCAUACUGGAGGUUUAGACCAACAGAACUUCCUAACGGGGCCGAACAUCCAUACUUCGCACGAUACAGAGACAGAGAAAAUGAUAUUACAGAGCAAGUCAGUAAAGACUUUUUGGCAGGUGCAUUUGCGGACAGAUUUGAACGAGGUGUUAGAGAACGUGGGGCAUAUUUUGCAAGCGAGGAUAGCGCAAGCCUUUGGAAACAAGGUCAUCCCAACAUAGAAUACACCAACGAAGUGUGCUGUCUCAAAGACUGUGACGAGCCCGUCAAACGCAUCAAGGGACAUGAAGCAGCCUAUCCUUUCAAUGUGUCCAUGAAGGAAGGAACAAGUACUGCAAGUUGUGCGAAUUUUGAACAUCAUGCCGAGGCUUGUUGGCGAGAUAUGCAGGACCAGUCUGUUUCUGACAGAUUCAAGGUACACCUACGAGAUCUCUCGAAGGGACGCAAUGAUGCAGCGAGUAGAUCAAGACACUUUGGAUCUCGUGGCCUAGGCUCAUCAGCUAGCGAUGAAUAUGAUGACCUGCCUCCAGUCGGGAGCUAUGGCUCUCAAAACAAACGAGGUCGGUAUGGUAAUGACCUUCGUGACCAUGGCUUUUCAGGUGCCCCCUUGCAUUAUCCACGGCCAGGAUCAAGCUCAGGAUACGUAGGGAGCAAUCAGGAUCCAGAAGCCGCUUUCCCAGACACCGCUGAUCAGUCGUCUCAAAGAUCCGUAGACUGGGGAAGUCUAGGAAGAGGAGCAGGACACCGCAGACCAUAUCCUGAGUAA